UCGUAAACGACAUAGCUUCAUUUUACGACAAACAAAAGAUAGGAGGUCCUGACACACCUAAAAUGACUUUGAAAAUCUUUCGAGCAAUUAUCAUGGGCCCUCCGGGCUCUGGUAAAGGAACCGUAUCAUCAAGGAUUGUGAAAGAUUUUAACAUUAAACACCUGUCAAGUGGGGAUAUUUUGAGGUCACAGAUUUUAAAUAAGACAGCUGCGGGCAUGGCAGCAAAGAAAUAUAUAGAUGAGGGCAACCUGGUGCCAGAUGAUGUGAUGGUCAAUCUCAUCAUAGGAGAGCUGCAUCCCCUAAAACAGAACUGGCUCCUUGACGGUUUUCCCAGGACGGUUCCCCAAGCAGAGACGCUUUACCAGAAGGAGCCGGUGGACGUUGUCAUGACUCUGAACAUUCCAGACAAAAUUAUCAUCAACCGAAUCAAGGGCCGCUGGACACAUGCACCCAGUGGCCGUAUUUACCACACUGAGUUCAACCCACCUAAAGUCCCAGGUGUAGAUGAUGUGACUGGGGAACCGUUGCUUCAACGUGAUGAUGAUAAGGAGGAGACGGUUAACCGCCGCCUGCAGGCUUACUGGAAACUCACCCAGCCAGUACUAGACUUCUACAGGGAGCUUAGCAUUCUGGAGGAAUUCAAGGGAAAGUACUCAAACGAAAUCUGGCCACACGUUCACAAGUUUCUGUCUACCAAGAUCACACCAACCCAGUAUACAGAGUACAAGGGAUUCUCCUAGCAUUAAAGUUAAUACAUGUAUAUAGAACUAUCAUACUAAAAUUGGUCAAUAUCUUUAUCAAAGUGUUGAAGAAAUUUAAUCAAAAGUGAUAAGUUUUAUGUUACAAAUCAUGUUUAAAUUUUUACAAUAUUUUAAAUUUUGAAAGGCAUCUACCAGAAAAUUUUAUACACUUAAUUUGUAACUCAGGAACUUACUGUUUUACUCCAAGAAGGAGUGUGUAUUCUUACAUUACUACAAUCAAGGGACUGUUCAUUAAAAGCAUUUGAUACACUAUUAAAAAAUUGAAUGAUUAUCAGCUUUUAAUCACAAAACUGACUCUAAUGAGUGAGACUGUCUACUGAUUGCUAUUUUGUGUUUAUUUUGACAAAUGGAUAAAGUGAACGUUAAUGUGAGAGCGUCCCUUAGCAGUUAUAUUUUUGGAAGAUUUGUUAGUUGUUUAUAGUAAUUUUACAUGUCUCCUUGUGAGAAUUGGUUUGUUAUCCCCUGCGGAAAGAUUUCUGCAAAGGGAUAUAGAUUUGGGGUUGUCCGUCCGUCUUUCCAUCUGGAGCCAUUUCUAUUUAACUAAUGGGCAUAAAUUAAUGAAACUGAUGUCAUGUGUGUAUAACCAUAGCAUGCUGGAAUUCAUCCUGUACACUUCUUUGCUUACACACACAGUAAGAGCAUUCUGGUGCAUGCCACCACUAGUGCAACAGCGCCACCACUUUUAUAAAUAUGCGCAUAUUUCCUUUUUAAGAAGUGCUUAUUAGUUUUGUUGUGAUCCGGCAUAAGUACUAUACAUAACAGUUUUGUUUGCAUGGGCCAGAAUGCUCUUACGGUGAUUUAAGCAACGAAGUGUACUUGAAAUGCUAGCAGAUCUCAAAAUAUGCACAAGUCCGAUUCGGGAGAAAAGCUCCUGGCACCACAGUUCGCACAAUAUUGAAACGAAAUAGUAUCCAGCCUGCAGUAGACAUGUUCUUCGAUUUUUGAAAUAUGUCCGUUAAAUAAAAUUACCAAAUAAAAUAUAAACCAUACUCACGUGUGUUCAUGUUAACAUAGGGAACAGCCCCACCACGGAAGUGUCUACAGCUCAUUUCCUUUGCACCACUGUUAAGUGGUGGAGCUGGCGUUUAGAGGCCAUGGUAUUAUUACAAUGUAACUUAAUAGGACAGACAUUAACAAUGUGAAUGGCUAUUUUUAUUUAUAUGUCAAGGGCAAAUUUAUCCCAGGGACAAAAUUAAUAUGUUUAUAUAAACCCAAAUAUGUGCUGGAGUAAAUAUACGUGCUGGGGUAAAUUUCCCUUCAUUGGCAAUUUGCCCCAUGUCUUGAAGAUGAGUAAAUUGUUUUAGAUUUCAACUCUUUGUUUAAUCUUAUAGUCAUAUGCUUGGAGAUGGACAAACCAAACUUUUAAAAAUAUUAUUAUUUAAUGAACAUUUGUCUUCUUUCACUUUGAACACUUUUUCAGGUAAAUUUGUCACUUUAGUGUAACCUUUUUGCAAAAAAUAGAAGUAAUUUUUUUUAAUAUUUAUCUCACAAGUUGCUUAUUAUAGCUUUAUUGAUAUGAUUUGUUUAUUUUCCAACACCAACUAUUGGCGUUUUACCAAAAUAUUUCAGUGUUUUUCAAUUACAAUAUAAACGCAUCCUAAAUAUUAUAGGGACAAAUUUGUCCUUGUGUGUAUAUUUGCCCAUGGGGGUUAACUUACAUCUAGGAGGGGGAAAUGUUGUUCAUAUAAACAGGGUAUAGAGUGUGAUUCUUAAGAACAGAGUGAUAGAUACAACAAAAGUUAUUGCCAUUUUUUUAGGGAAAAGCUAAAAAUUGGCCAUAAUAUAUAUGGGAGCGAUAUAUUUAUUCAAAAAUCUGAGCUAACAUAGUUUUUACCCAAUCAAUUCUUAAAAUUUACCUAAAACUGGGGUCUUGAAAUAGUUAAAUACUUAAUACUAUGAUUCAUACAUUGAGGGAUAUCAACUGUUACAUUUGUUUUUUGUUAUAAUGUUAGAAUUCUAUUUAAUGGUGUUCGAUAUUAAAAUUAUUCACAGGAAUCACAGUGAGUCUGCUUGUCUUUCCCUUUUCAAUCACAGAAUGAUUUUCUGAACUUGAUUGUGUUAUACUUGUCCAUGUCCAUGGGUGAAUUUGAUGUACAAUUAUUUGCUCACCAUGAUCAUUGCUACCGUUCAAUAUAAAUGGGCAUGUUCUUUAACCACAUAAUGUACCAUGAUCAUUGUUACUGCUUAUUUACUAGUACACAAUGUAUGUCGUGUUCUUUGACCACAUAAUGUACCAUAAUCAUUGUUACUGCUUAUUUACUAGUACACAAUGUAUGUCAUGUUCUUUGACCACAUAAUGUACCAUGAUCAUUGUUACUGCUUAUUUACUAGUGCACAAUGUAUGUCGUGUUCUUUGACCACAUAAUGUACCAUGAUCAUUGUUACUGCUUAUUUACUAGUACACAAUGUAUGUCGUGUUCUUUGACCACAUAAUGUACCAUAAUCAUUGUUACUGCUUAUUUACUAGUGCACAAUGUAUGUCGUGUUCUUUGACCACAUAAUGUACCAUGAUCAUUGUUACUGCUUACUUACUAGUACAGAAUGUAUUCCAUGUUCUUUGAGCACAUAAUGUACCAUGAUCAUUGUUACUGCUUAAUUACUAGUACAGAAUGUAUGUCAUGGUCAUCAUGUUCUUUGAGCACAUAAUGUACCAUGAUCAUUGUCAGAGUUACAGAUAAGUUUUCCAAUGUAUUUGAGUAUGUAACUCCAUACUUUUGAAAAAAAAAUGGGUACCUCACAAAAAAUGAGUUUUUCAAGUUUUAUUACCCCAUCGUUUGAUUUUAAUUGAGUGACAACACUGAACAAUGGUCUUUUAUUAGUGUGAUUGGAAACAAUAAAAAUGAGUGACACGGAGUGUUUAAAGUUGCUGUAUAACGUAAAGUUCACAUUAGAAAAUUAGAAUUUCAACACAUACAUAUUUAACACUUUAGAUAAACUUUACAAUAUCUAGAAAAACUAUGUACAACAUAAACAAUCUGAUCAAUUAAUGACCCUGCGAUGUCUUUAACAUGCAUAACAGCACUGAUUCUGUAAUAAAUGUAUUCAAUAUGUCACCAAGUAUCUUCGAUGAUGACAGUUGGUAUAAAUAAAGUGUUAAUAUGUU